CUCCCUUCUGGCUCCCUCUGGCCCCUACACCUCCUGGCCUUCCGCUCCAAAUAAGUUCGGCGCGUGGGCUACCCAGAAGAAUCGCCUUCCUGCCUCGCCAUUUCUUUUGUUUACUGUUACGGACACCUAAGGACCACUUUUCUGCAAGAAGCGUCAAAAUGGAGGAGGAGCCAAGGACAAACGUAACCCGGAAGCAGUAGCCUGGAAAGGAGCAUGUUUGCAGUAGCUUGAGCAGAAAUGUUGGGGACAUAGAAGGUUCAGUUACCAGCAAGAAACGAGAACGUCGUUUUUCUUCUUUUACUUAGGUUCUCAGCUGAAAGAGAAGUACCCUCAAGAAGUGAUCACAGGGCUGAGAGUGAAAAACUCUGACCUUGGAAUAAACAACCUAUAAUACAGGCUGUGCCUCUGUCCAGUGAGUGACUGCUGAGAUGAGUCAUCACCUGUGUAUUCAUCUUUUUCGGAAUCCAUCUUACACCCGGAGACAUGUCUUCCUCUAUUGUCAGCGGUUUAGACAGAUAAGUCUUGAUACAAGACUGUGGGAUUUUAAACAAAACAAGAGUCAUGUUCUCCAUCAGGUAUUAAAUAAGAGUUGGUCCAGGAGCUACUGUCAUCAAGAUCCAAAGAUGCUUUGGAAACAUAAAGCCCUACAGAAGUAUAUGGAAGGCCUGAAUGAAGAGUACCAAACCCUUGAUGGGUGUUUGCAGGAUAUCUCUGGGAAUGAAGACAGCCGAAGGGCCUUAUGCAGAAGGCAUGCCAAAUUGGCACCACUUGCAGCUAUUUAUCAAGAAAUUCAGGAGGCCGAACAAGCCAUUGAAGAAUUAGAGUCAAUGUGUAAAACUCUACAUAAACAAGACGAAAAGCAGUUGCAAGAACUUGUAUCAGAAGAAAGGCAAAUCAUUGAUCAAAAGAUCAACACACUGUAUAGUGAGCUUUUGGAGCAGCUAGUGCCAAAGGAGAAAUAUGACAAAAGUGAUGUUAUUUUAGAGGUGACAUCUGGAAGAACUACUGGAGGUGAUAUCUGCCAACAGUUUACCCGAGAAAUAUUUGAUAUGUACCAGAAUUAUUCAUACUAUAAACACUGGAAAUUUGAGCUGCUGAAUUACACACCAGCAGAUUAUGGUGGACUACAUCAUGCAGCUGCCAGAAUUUCUGGAGACAGUGUCUAUAAGCAUUUGAAGUAUGAAGGUGGAAUCCAUAGAGUUCAGCGAAUCCCAGAUGUGGGCCUGUCGUCAAGGAUGCAGCGUAUUCACACAGGAACAAUGUCAGUUAUUGUCCUUCUUCAGCCAGAUGAGGUUGAUGUGAAAGUCGACCCCAGGGAUCUGCGGAUAGACACAUUUCGAUCCCGAGGCCCAGGAGGGCAGCAUGUUAACACGACAGACAGUGCGGUGAGGCUCGUCCAUAUCCCCACAGGACUGGUGGUAGAGUGCCAACAAGAACGAUCACAGCUGAAAAAUAAGGAAAUAGCUUUGCGUGUGUUGAGAGCUAGACUCUACCAGCAGAUACUUGAGAAAGACAAGUGUCAGCAACAGAGUGCUAGAAAACUGCAGGUGGGAACAAGAGCACAAUCAGAGAGAAUCCGAACAUAUAAUUUUACCCAGGAUAGAGUGACUGACCAUAGAAUAGCAUUUGAAGUUCGGGACAUUAAGGAAUUCUUACGUGGUGAGAAAUGCUUGGAUCAGCUAAUUCAGAGACUGCUUCAAUCAGCAGAUGAAGAGGCCAUUGCUGAAUUUUUGGAUGAAAGCCUUAAAUCAGUGAAAUAAAUGUGGCAUAUUAUUUAUUAUAUAAAUGAAAUGGACUUUGAUCAAGAAAUAAACAAGUGUGGGAAUCUUAAUGAAUAUUCAUAAAGUAUAGCUGUACAUACAGAAUUUUUAUAGAAAUCAUUUUAAUGAAUGAAAGUCACAUUUUUUUUUUUCAAGACAGGGUUUCUCUGUGUUGGCUUGGCUGUCCUGGAACUCACUUGCUCUGUCGAUCAGGCUGGCCUUGAACUCAGUGAAAGUCACAUUUCUUGACAUAAAGGUUUAUUUUGGGUUUCAGUAAAUAAUCCAACUCCUCAAGUAGAAAAUAAGCUUGUAACAUCAAAAGAGAAAUAAAAUGUCAAGACUGGA